GGCCGAAGCGGCGGCUCCGGCCGGGUGUGCGGGUGAGGGGGGAGCGGCGGCGGCACCGCGCGGCCGAAAUGCCGCUCUUCGCCCCCAACCCCUUCGAGCAGGACGUGGAGAAAGCCACAAAUGAAUACAACACCAGUGAGGACUGGGGGCUUAUCAUGGAUAUUUGUGACCGAGUUGGAAGCACCCCCAAUGGAGCCAGGGAUUGCCUUAAAGCCAUCAUGAAGAGAAUGAAUCACAAAGUUCCCCACGUGGCUUUGCAAGCUCUCACACUUUUAGGAGCCUGUGUCUCAAACUGUGGGAAAAUCUUCCACUUGGAAGUGUGUUCCCGGGAUUUUGCCACCGAAGCUCGAGCUAUAAUAAACAAG